AUGGGGCGUAUGCACAGCGGAGGCAAGGGAAUCUCGGCAUCUGCUUUGCCGUACAAGCGUUCACCACCGACUUGGCUCAAGACCACCGCAACAGAUGUUGAUGAGUCAAUCUGCAAGUUUGCGAAGAAGGGUUUGACUCCAUCACAGAUUGGUGUGAUUCUUCGUGACUCUCACGGUAUCCCUCAGGUGAAGAGUGUCACCGGAAACAAGAUCUUGCGAAUCCUGAAAGCUCACGGUCUUGCACCUGAGAUUCCUGAGGAUCUAUACCACCUGAUCAAGAAGGCAGUUGCUAUCCGCAAGCACUUGGAGAGGAACAGGAAAGACAAAGAUUCCAAGUUUAGGUUGAUUCUUGUGGAGAGCAGGAUCCACCGUCUUGCUCGUUACUACAAGAAGACCAAGAAGCUUCCGCCAGUCUGGAAGUACGAGUCUACUACUGCCAGUACUCUUGUGGCUUAA